GAGAAACGGAAAUGUAUUGCUAUCUGAUGUGUCCAGAAGAAGAAGAAGAAGAAGAAGAAGAAAUGCACUUAGUAUCGGCAGGCGUGUUCUGCAGGGUCACCUGCGAUCUGCAUUCGGCCGCGGGCACAAGAUCUCGCCAGAGUCGAUUGGGAAGGAGCAACCACAGGGUCACACCGAGCGGGCAACUGACGGGGCCACCUCACUUUAAUCUUACUCCUCUUCUUCUCCACGUCUCACAUGUCAUCCAGUCUGUCGGAUCGGAUUCCAUCUCGACAUUCUUCAAUCCUGUGGCCCCUUUACAAGUACAACCUGCGACCCGUCCCGAGUCCCGAGUGCAGUACCGCCGAGUCCCUGCAUGAAGCGUGAGUGAUCGGCCAUGAGAUAUGGCCAGCUACAAUGGCAUGCCGGCCAUGUCCUCCGGCGCCACGGGUCCUGACGCCCUGGGACACCAAGGCCAGCAAUCGCUCGGCAUCGACGGCUUUGAUCCGCACAGUAUGACAUUUGACGACCCGUUGCUCCACAACCUCCCAUUUACCCCGACAGCCGCAUACGAUUUUGACACCCUUAGCACAACAUUUGAAGACCCGUUCUCCUACCCAGCCAGACCGUUCGGUAACGAUGUCGCCAACACCGCUCUCAUGGGAAAUUUGGGAGGGCUAGGCGUCGACCCAGAAAGCUGCUACAAUGGCAACCACGGUGGCGCCGAGGGGUCAUCCUCCCCACAAGAACUCGACAACAAACUCCUCGGCUUCGGCGCGGUCGUCCCAGGCAAAGCCACCCUGAUCGACCCCUUGGGACAGUUUAUCGAACCUAUGAUGAGCGCAGAGUUAUAUGGCAUGUUCUUUGUCGCCGAGGACGUCUUUGGAACAGAUAACGGCGGUGACAACCGACGUCCGAUGGAGUUGACUUGCUACAGGAGGAAUCUAUGGCAGUGUUCGGGGCAGAUUACUCUCCCGAGACAAGUGGCGCAAUAUGCUGUGGCCGAUGGGCAGCAACGGAUGCCAGUGGUGGAAUUAGCGGCGUCUAUCACGGCGCUCGAGAGUAUUGAAGGGAAACAAACGGAGAUCAUUUCCAUCCCGUGGAAGAGUAACAAUCCUGCUCUAGGAGGAGUGACUGAGGAAUCGACAAAGUCCGCAGGGGCGCCAGCGAUAACUGUGUUGGACUUGGGGUCGGGCCAGGAGAUUGAUGGGACGAACAGAGUGACGGUGGGGGUGUCGUGGAAGAGACUGCAGUUUAAGCAUGCCACUGCGAACAAUGGGCGGAGGAAGGGACUCCAGCAGCAUUACGUGGUGCAGAUAAAUCUGCUGGUUAAGGGGAAGGGUGGAGAGUAUGUCAAGGUUGCCGAAGUUCAGUCGGGACCGGUCAUUGUGCGAGGCAGAAGUCCCAGGAAUUUUGACAGUAGGAAAGACGUGCCUCUGUCAGGAGACAAGAGGCUACUGGAGAGGAAAAGCAUUGAGGGGUUGAGUUCGGGCUCUACGACUACGAAGCAACAGCAGCAACAUAUGGGAACUCCACAGAGCCAGCCCCUGAGUCAAGAUUUUGGGCAAGGUUUUCUUCAUAGAUAUCAGGGGAUGGGAAGUUUACCGUCCACGACAGAUUGGUCAACUCCUCGACCGUUCCUCUCACCAAACCCCCAGCAACAGCACGCCAGUAAGAAGCUAGCUUUGUCCUCUCCAAGCCUCAACCGGCCGCCAGUACCGCCCUGGGUGCCAAUAGAUGCCACACUAGCAACUCCAUUGCCAACCGGCAAACAAUUACAACACACUAGCAACCUUUUGAAGCCAACCCGUGGACUACAUUCUACUUCCCAAUCCAACAACCUCCCUAUCAACCUCUCCCUCUCAGAAGAUGAGCGCAGCCCACCAAACUUGAAUCGAUCUAAUUCCUCGGGUGGCGAAUCGUCUCAAAGCCCACAGCAGCACUUUUCCAUGUCGUCAUCGUCAAAAGCGGGGAAUAGCAGGCCGGGGUUAGGACACAAGAGCCAGAGGACUGAGAGUGGGGGUGCGCAGCAGCUUAACAGUCCGCAGGAUCAGACGGAGGUGGAUAUGUUGUAUGAGUAUUUUCCAUUGAGUGUGGAUGACUGGAUGCCGCCGGUGGAUGCGAUUUAUCGACCGCAUGUGGUUCAUCAUACUAUUGUGCCGCCUGAGGUGAAGGCGCAGCAGCUGAGGAGUAAGGGGAAGAGGUAUUUCGCUGCCGACUGA